CCUCGUUAUAAUGACGUGAUUAGUGAACGACUCAAUCGGUGUUUGCUUUUUGUGUCAAACGACUGCAUGUUUUCAAUUCUUUUGAGACCACAAAUCAAUUCAAAGAAGUGAUGACAAGAUAAUUGUCACGUGAAUUGUCCAGUGAUAGCGACCAUCGAUGGCACCCGUAAUCCAAAGCGCGCCCAAAGAGCGGCCUAAACGACCGAAUGAGAGGAGGUCAGACCUGGUCUGUCGGGUCAAGUACUGCAACGCUCUGCCGGACAUACCCUUUGACCCGAAGUUCAUUACCUAUCCGUUUGAGACGAAUCGAUUUGUGUCAUACAAACCGACAUCACUGGAGAAGAACUAUAAACACGAUUUAUUGACUGAACACGACUUAGGCGUCACCAUAGAUCUCAUCAAUCCUGAGACAUAUGACCGACAAAUCGAUGGCAAACUGGCCGAUGAGGACGAGAAGCUGUUGGAGGAAGAGGUGGCCACUCCUCAGGACUCGAAGCGCUCGCGUUGUCAUAACAAAGCUAUCACUUGGCUUAAGAAGACUGAGUACAUCUCCACUGAGUUCAACAGAUAUGGCGCCUCCAGUGAUAAGACAGAAACGAAAGUGGGCUAUAAUGUGAAGAAGAAGAUGAAAGAGGAGACACUGUAUCUGGAUCGCGACUCACAGAUACUGGCCAUCAAUAAGACCUUCGAAGCGGCGCAGAAACCCAUUACCGACCAUCCGGGCAAACCGGGCGUCACGGCUGUGGAGGUGAUGCCGGUGUUCCCCGACUUCAAGCUCUGGAAGUACCCGUUCGCUCAGGUGAUGUUCGAUGCAGACCCGGCGCCCAUCACUAAAGUCCAAGAGAUGUCUCAGGCGAUGAUCAGAGGAGUGAUGGAUGAAAGCGGCGAACAAUUCGUGGCUUACUUCCUGCCCACAGAAGACACCAUUAAUAAGCGAAAGUUCGACGAAGUGGAGGAACGGGAGUACGGGGAGGGCGAGGAGUACGAGUAUGUGAUGGCCCGCGAGUACAACUGGAACGUCAAGAAUAAGGCCACCAAAGGGUACGAAGAGAACUAUUUCUUCGUUUGGAGAGACGAUUGUGUUUGUUAUAACGAAUUGGAGACAAGGGUUCGGCUCAGCAAACGGCGCGUCAAACACGGGUCGGCGCCCAACAACUCGAAGCUCGUCGUCAAACACCGACCACUCAAUGAACAGGAGUUUAAGACACAAGACAUUCGAAUGACUCAAUUAGAACCGCCUCAGGAGGACGAGGAACCGCCUCAAGACAAGGACACCGCAGCAGCCAAUGGGUCGCAGAAAGAGACCACAGAUAAGGACAUUGAAAGCGACGAUAAGCCUGAGGGCCAGAACAAGGGCGAGACCCACAAGUCCAGUGCUAGUGAAAAGUCAUCCUCUUCUUCAUCGUCGUCUUCAUCCUCAUCGUCUGAAUCAUCAGAUUCUUCGUCUUCGAGUGACAGCGACAGUGACGAUGAGGAGGCGCGCCGUAAGACCAAAGAGAGCGCGGCCGCCAUCUUUGGAAGCGAUGACAGCGACUAAACAUUCAUUGACGACAAUAUGACUUCAUUUAUAAUGUAAUUCAUAUUUACAUUUAUUAAUCAUUUAUAUGUAUUUAGUGUUCAAUUAAAUUGUAUGAAAAUUA